AUGUCUCGUUCAGCGCCAACGUCCGGUGCCACUACCCCAAUGGCAACGGUCUACCCCACGAACCCCUUCCUAACACCUAAUAUGACACCAACUGCGUCAACCACGAGAAUAAACAUACUAAAUGAGUCAGAGAAGGAUGUUUCACUUAUCGAUGAUCGACUCUCUGCACUAUACGAAGAGAAGGGCAUGUCAACUUGGCCGUUGAUAGGUGAUGAAGCUGAGCCUGAUGAUGAUAUGCAUAUGCCACAACCUGAUGAUGACAUCAGAUUCAAAGCGAAAUUCAAGGAUCACUUCUUACGAGAAAACGUUGCCUCGACCCUGGGACUGUUUAUAAUGAUCGUGGGACUUUCGUUUGUGUUCUUCGGACUUCCGAUCCUUUCAGCUCUGGGUCUCAUCGACUACAACUCGGUUUUUGAGACGCCAUUGGGCCAAAUGUCACAUUAUCCGGAGCCUGAGCCUUGGGCGGUUGUAAACGACAAGCAAUAUCCAUUACUUCAGAACAUGCGCAGAGGCUUGAUUGACCCCGACACACCCAAGUCUGCCAUGGAGAAGAAGGGCCAAUUUGGCGACGAAUACGAGUUAGUCUUCAGCGACGAGUUCAACGACAAUAACCGCACCUUUUACGAAGGAGACGACCCGUAUUUCUUUGCUCCUGACAUCUGGUAUGGUGCUACACAGGACCUGGAAUGGUACGAUCCGGACGCUGUGACUACCUGGGAAGGCACUCUAGAGUUACGACUUGAUAAAUUUCCCAACCACGGUCUGCAAUUCCGGUCUGGAAUGUUGAAUAGCUGGAAUCACCUGUGCUUCAAGGGUGGAAUAUUUGAGGUUUCCGUGUCCUUGCCCGGUCCGGCUGGUGUGCCAGGCAUGUGGCCUGGCGCGUGGACUAUGGGGAACCUUGGGAGGCCUGGCUACCUCGCAACCACAGAUGGCAUGUGGCCAUACACUUACCAAGCGUGUGACGUCGGCAUUACACCUAAUCAAUCUUCCUCGGAUGGUCUCUCUAAUCUCCCGGGUCAACGUCUCAAUUCCUGCACCUGCCCAGGCGAAGAUCACCCUACACCUGGCACUGGUCGCGGCGCGCCAGAAAUUGACAUCAUCGAGGUCGGCGCGACCUACCCGCCUCACAACAUGCCCAUCGCAACGCAGUCCUUCCAAGUUGCUCCUUUCGACAUCCAUUGGUACCCCAACUACAACUUCACCGCCUUCCCUGACUACAGCCUAAGCUGGUAUAACGGCUACACUGGCGGUCCGUAUCAACAAGCUAUCUCUGCUACCACGAACCUCAACAAAGACUGGUUCGAUGGCCAGCAAUAUCAACGAUACUCUUUCGAGUAUGUCCCCGGCGAGGGCAAAGACUCGUAUAUCAGCUGGCAAGUCGGCGAUCAGAUGAUGUUCAUGAUGGAUGGACGCUCUAUCGGGCCCAACGGUAACAUCCAAGCACGCCAGAUUAGUGAGGAGCCCAUGAGUCUGAUCCUCAACCUUGGCAUCAGUAACUCCUGGACUUGGAUCGACUGGGAGCAUAUGAAAUUCCCGGCAGUGAUGAGAGUCGAUUACGUCAGAUGGUAUCAGAAGAAGGACGAGGAGAAACUGGUUACGUGCGAUCCGCCAGGCUUUGAAACGACCGGGUAUAUCAAGAAGCAUAUGAAUGCUUACACGAACCCCAACUUUACCCAUUGGGAUGAGACAGGUCACAAAUGGCCCAAGCAUAAGCUCAAUAGCAACAAUUGUCAGGCGUGA